GCAUUAAGACUGUCUAGCUCAUCACGAAUCUUGCAAUACCACGUAUACCUUGAUGGCCAACACCCGUGGACGAAUACCAUCGAACUUUCUUGAGUCACUGAUUCAAUGCCAGCAGUCCGACCAUAUCCAACAUACGCCUUUACAUCAGUAUAAAAUAGACAGUACCAACAUUCAAGUGGCCAACAACCUCUCUACAAGUAAAAUCAACUGAGCAUCAUGUUUAUCCGCCUCUCUACUGUUCUCGUUAUCCUCCUCGGCCUGACGGCCCUUGUCAGCGCUGGAGCGCCAGUGGAUGCUAGAGCAAAGGCCCUUGAGGAUGAGAAGCGUAAGACGCCUCCUGAUGCUAGAAAGACUGCUAUCGAGGACGAGAAGCGCAAGACUCCCCCUGAUGCUAGAAAGACUGCUAUCGAGGACGAAAAGCGCAAGACUCCCCCUGAUGCUAGAAAGACUGCUAUCGAGGACGAAAAGCGCAAGACUCCCCCUGAUGCUAGAAAGACUGCUAUCGAGGACGAGAAGCGCAAGACUCCCCCUGAUGCUAGAAAGACUGCCAUCGAGGACGAAAAGCGCAAGACGCCUCCUGCUGCUCGCAUCACAAAUUACUAGGCCGGGGUUGAGCUGAUUAACUUGCAUGGUCCUCUUGAUGCUGCUUGACCGAUGCACUCGUACCUCACUCCCACCAAACGCACAAAUGUGAAAGAGAUUAUCAAUAGUUUUGCC